UUUGACAUUUCGUAAUUCAAAAGUCUGAUUAGAUCAAAAUUCGUCGUGAACAGCAAAUUAUGUAAAAUAUAAUUACAAAUUUUAAAACGGGAUAAAAAUUUAUAAAAAUGCAAUAUUGCUAUCCUGAAGACUGCGGUCCGUUCGCUGUAGCCCCGGUUCUUGUUACAUCUUCGUAUCCAACCAGAUGUGAGGAAUCACCCACGUGCUACCCGUGCUUGCCACACUGCCCACAAUCUAUGGUUUACUGUUGUGACACUAGGCCGAAGACACCAUUGAGGAGGUCAAGUUGUUGUGAUAGCAAGGAAUUUGAUAGCCGUAAUCGUAACCGAAAUCAUAGCCCCCCUCGCCAAAACAGAAACUCCCCACCGCCCCCUUGUCGUUCGGAUUCAACCCACAAGCCCUCUUCAAACUGCUGUCCAACUUGUUGUCAGCCUACUUGCCAACCAGUCAAGACAAAAUAUGUCAUACCGUGUUAUCGAUACGAAGACGGCCGUAUUGAUCAGCCAACGGUUCUAAUGAGGCGCGCCUGCGAGGUGGCAGCGGGAGUCCGUGGGCGUCGUAAGCCCUUCGUAGAAACUUCUUAUCGAGCUGAUCCCUACGACGAGGUUCAUCGUUACCAUUCUGAGGAUGAACAGGUUCAAACUUGUGGGUAACCUUUGUUAUCAUUACGAAAGAAAGAAACCUCUGUCGACUCACAAUGCUUGCGCACCUCCUCACUCUUCGUGUCAGCUCUGCGCCUCAAGUCCAGAAUGUCAAUACGUCAACUAUAUUCACGCACAGCCACUGCAUUCUUGUGCUCAGUCCGCUCGGUCGUCUUCGUGUUGUUACUAUUGUUAAUUGGUUUUGAAUGUAUUGCUAGCUAUGAUCGAUUUGAACUAUUUUAAAUUUUGAAUAAAAUUUUAUUUAUUUUA